GCUGCUUUGCUUCUUCUUUGCUGCUAUAAAUGUCAAUCUUUCCGACAUUAUUGUUUCGUAAAAGCGAAUAGAAGAAGCAAGAGAAGAAAAGGAUGGCGUUUUGGAGCACCGGCGGAGUAGGAGGAUUUGUCGACACCGAGCUGUCGAAGAAGACGUCCAUCUUCGGCCUUAGGCUCUGGGUGCUCCUCGGUGUCUGCGUCGGUGCCGCCAUCGUCCUCGUUCUCUUCCUCUUCUCCCUCUGCCUCUCCUCCCGCCGCCGGAGCUCUCCUGCCCUCCCCUCCUCUGCCUCCGCUCCCGCCGCCGCCGCCGGCCGCAUAAAGAAGCCCCUCAGACUCCACCUCCGCGACUCCACCCCUCCUGUCUCCAAGGACAUCCCCGAGAUCCCCUUCCACUCUCUCGCCGCCCCACUUGCUCCCGCCAUCGACGUUCGGGUGGACCUCGGGAAGGAAAACCGCCGCGCCGCGCUUGCCGACCACUUCCGCCCUCCGCCGGCCCCGCCUUCGGCGUCUACGACAGGGACGGCCAGCGGGGAAACCGCCGGCACUCCGUCGUCCACCGGCGGGGGCGGCCCGCCGGAGGUGUCGCCUUUAGGUUGGGGGCGUUGGUAUACGCUGCGGGAGCUGGAGGAGGCCACCGGCGGGCUCGCCGAGGAGAAUGUGAUCGGGGAGGGAGGCUACGGUAUCGUGUACCUCGGGAAGUUGGCCGAUAACACCCUCGUCGCCAUCAAGAAUAUGCUCAACAGCAGGGGUCAAGCGGAAAAGGAAUUCAAGGUUGAGGUCGAAGCAAUCGGGCGUGUGAGGCACAAGAAUCUGGUCAGAUUGCUUGGUUACUGUGUUGAGGGGGCCUAUAGGAUGCUUGUAUACGAGUAUUUGGAUAAUGGUAAUCUUGAUCAGUGGCUUCAUGGCGACAUCGGAGAAGUGAGUCCUUUGUCAUGGGAUAUCAGAAUGAAGAUAAUACUUGGAACCGCAAAAGGCUUGGCCUAUCUUCACGAAGGACUAGAACCAAGGAUUGUACACCGUGAUGUUAAAUCUAGCAAUAUACUACUUGAUCGACAGUGGAAUCCCAAGGUAUCAGAUUUUGGGCUGGCGAAGCUCUUGUGUUCGGAGAGGAGCUAUGUCACCACUCGUGUUAUGGGCACAUUUGGGUAUGUCGCUCCAGAAUAUGCUAGCACUGGAAUGCUGAAUGAAAGAAGUGAUGUUUACAGCUUCGGAGUACUUAUCAUGGAAAUCAUAUCAGGAAGAUCUCCUGUUGAUUAUUCAAGACCUUCUGGAGAGGUGACUUUGGUUGAGUGGCUAAAGACCAUGGUUGGUGACAAGAAAUCUGAGCAAGUAGUGGAUCCUAGGAUGCCCGAGAAACCAUGUCCCAAAGCACUGAAAAGGAUGAUUCUGGUGUCCCUCCAUUGUGUGGAUCCUGAUGCACAGAAACGACCAAAAAUGGGGCAUGUCAUCCACAUGCUCGAAAUGGAUGACUUGCUCGCUCGAGAUGAUCGUAAACUUGGGCGGAGAGCAUCUCCUGCUUUAUUAUCAGACAGACGCAAUACAAGAGGAGAGGAAAACUCGAGCAAUCAUCUUCAUAGGUCAAGAUAGCUAUGACAGAUAAGAAGUAGGUGACUGAGUUUAGGUUUGUUGCAUUUGCAAGUCACAUACUUCUUCCAAUUUGGCCAUACUUUAUUGUUGCAUUCUUAAUCUGGGAUUUGGAACCUGCAAGGAGUUGAUAAUUUCUCAUGCAUUGUCUAAAAGAAAAGUUCAUUUUGUGAUUACAGUCCAUAAUUUAUUAUAAAAACAGAAGUUACACAUCAAGCCAAUUUGAAUUUUGCCCCGAUGUAAAAAUAA